AGAGACAACUUCUCCUUAGAAUUUAACUUUAACCCAUAUACUACUCCAAACAAAAUCCUCUUCUUCUUCCCACCUUUCUCUCUCUAUCAUCUCCUUUAAAAUUUACACUGCUAUUGUUUUCUUUGCUUCCAUUUUUUUGGGUUCAAUUUUUUCAUGGUUUUUAUAGCACAUUAUUCAUGGGAGCUCAAAAGAGCAUCCAUGCUGGUAAAGCCAAAAUUGAUGUCAAUGUUGAUUUAACUCACAAAUUAUGUGCUGCUUUGAUGCUCUCACCUUUCAGGAAUUCUGGAGGUCCUCUUUCAUUAAUUAUUGGGAGUUUGUGCAUCAAGCACCCUAAUUUGUUUGGUGGGAGUGAGAAGCUUGAUGUGUUUUGGGACAAGGGAUUGUAUGACACAAGUAUCUUGGUGGCUUAUAGGAGGCCCAGGCCUGAAUGGCUUCCUCAGCAAUCUCUUGUGGUUCAGCAUUCUAUAUCACCUGAGAUUGGAGUUCAUGGUUUGCCGGUUGAUAACUUCUCACAAUCAGGGAGUGGGGGUGUGAAUCUCUGUCGCUCGUCUGUGGGUUUAGAUCUGAGCGAGCCAGCUAGUUCCAAUUGGAGCAACACGACCAGUAUUAAAUUUGAGCAUGUUCGCCCUAUGAGUGAUGAAGGUCGCCCUAUAAAUCGAGAUCUUGAUGGUUUUCCUGUGACUUGCAGUGGAGGUUCCCAUGAUAGUAUGGUGGUAUUAAAGCAAGAAACACGUUAUGCCAGGGCUAAUGAUAAUUGCUUUAGUCGUUUCAGCUUGCAGAUAGAGCAAGGAAUCCCAGUUUUGUCAAAGUGGCUUGUUUUUAACCGAUUCAAGUUUGCCGGGACUAAGGGUAUUAAACUUGGGCCUGCUUUUGUAUUGACAAGUGUCACCGGAGGUUCUAUAGUGGGGGAUAUGGCUCCAUAUCAAGCAUUUGCCAUUGGUGGUCUUGGUAGUGUUAGAGGGUAUGGUGAAGGUGCUGUUGGAACUGGAAGGUCAUGUUUGAUUGCUAACAGUGAAUUGACAUUCCCAUUGAGCAAAAUGUUAGAAGGUGCAAUCUUCCUAGAUUAUGGAUCUGAUCUCGGUUCUGGUCGGCUUGUUCCUGGAAACCCAGCCUUGAGACAAGGCAAACCGGGAAGCGGAGUUGGGAUAGGAUAUGGCUUACGCUUCAAAUCACAGAUAGGUCAUUUCCAAGUUGAUUAUGCUAUGAAUAGUUAUCAACAGAGAACUGUCUACUUCAACAUCACCAAUGUAUCUUCAUGAAUGACUCUUGCAAGCCCUUCGAAAAAUCCUCAUUACGACUUUUCCUGAUUAUUCUUCUAGCUCAAUUUUGAUUUACUUCAAGUUACUCUUUUUUUAAGAAUUAUUUUCUAUAGUAAUUUUUGUAGCAAAGGUUAGUACAUACGAAUAUAAAACAUUCAUCAUUCUUUUCAAUUCCUGCCAAAAUCAUGUACCUUGACCGUUGCGCGAAAUACAAGACUCUUGAUGUUUACAAAGUGACCUUUCAACUGAUGCAAGUCUCAGACUCUCAGGCGCUUGAAACUCAAAUGGGAUGCUCUUCUUUGCUUGGUUUACGUCGUCUCCUAGUAUUGAACAAGCCAAAAUUGAGAAGGGUUUAGCUGUCAUAAGCUCUCCAAGGCUCAAGUUGAUUGAUCUUUAAUGUACCAAGAUAGUUCCAUUCAAAAUUUCUUCAAUGAGAUUGUAAAUUUUCCAUGAUGAGCUUUGUUGAAUGCGUUUGGCUAUUUUGAAAACAUGUUUUGUGAAAAAUACUUGCUUUUCCCUUCAGUAUUAUCAGGGUUCUAUAUA